UCAGUGUAAUAAACACGACUGAAAAAGAGAUGUAGAUCUCUUUUUUAAAUUUCUGUGUGAUUUAGCGUGUACCGUGUAAUUUACAAAUAAAGGCAAUAAUAAAGUUGACAAUUGAUGAAAAAGAUCCUGUCCUUCAUAUUCUCUCAAAAAAAAUGUCAGAAUUGAAUAAGCAAAUUAUAUAUAGUAGAAGAAACAAAAAAUUUAAAAUGGUUAAGAAACGAGCUGCACUCGAUGAAUACGUCUUUUAUUCAAUACUUAAUACUGAUAUUCCUAUGGAAUUAGGAGUGGCAGCAAGUAUGAUAACACGUGGAAUACUUGGUCUUUAUAACAAAUUAGCAACCGAUCGAGCAAAGAAUCCCUAUGUGGUUCAAUGGCAGAAUUCCGGGGAACAUAUAAUUGUUUUGCAAGGAUACGACCAUAGACAUUUAAAAUAUCUCGAGAAUGAAGCAAAGUUUGCAGCCCUCGGUACGCAUGCCAUUUAUCAUCGAUGGUAUCACAAUCGAAUAAUGCUAGUACUAUCGGUAUUUGGACGAAAGGAAGAAAUCGAAGAUGUCUUUGAUGGACUCUCAUAUUUACGAUAGUGAUAUAAACAAACGGUAUUUGAACAGUUUUUAAAUACU